AUGUAUUCAGGGGAAAACACGAUUCCAACAAAAAAAUCGAUUUUAGGGAAAGAAAGUUUUACCCGAGGGACGUUAUCAUUGGAUUUUUCUGUUGUUGGAGGAUGCACUAGUUGGAGGUGGUUCAAGGGUUGGCAGAGGUGGUCACUGGACUGGAGGGCGAUGGCUAGAGAUACGAGCGAUGUGGAGGAGUGGAGACGAUCGGCGUUCAUCGGACCAACACAAAUAUGGCCUCCCAAAUUCGUUCAUAAAACUCAUAAUCUAAAGAUUAUCACUCACACAUCUGGAAAUUCCAUGGAUGUGAAGGAGGUGAAAGAGGAGACUGAGAUGCAGAAAGCGAAAAUGAAGAUGAGUAGAGAGAAAAUUCAAGGGGAGGAGUUGACGAAUGCUGAGCAAAUUGCAUUAGUUGACAAAUGCAACAAGCAUAAACCGAAAAGGCAAAUCAAUUUGUGUGAAGGUCAUUUGUGUGCUGAUGUUUCAGAAAUACGUUGGCGUCCGAUUAAAUUUUGGAUCAACAGCGAUGAAGCAAAAUCUGAAGGUCAGCCAAAAUCAUAUUCUUUGGGUCCAAAAGCAAUGGAGCUUGGUCUUGAAUUUCAUGGCGAAGUUGGUGCAGUUGUGGUCAACAUCCAACUUGUGGAUUUGGUGGUAUCCCAUGUGUUGAAUUGUAUAAUCUUUUCCAGUAAACUACAAAUGCUUUCUGUAACAGGCAAUAGAUUUUGA